UAUAUCAGUGUUACGAGCAUUGUCUUGGAUCAUCUGUUUAAGAUUUACUAUAGUCACCGGAUCUUUGUUAUUACGAUUUUUUGCAGAGAUUUCUUCAGUGAAUGUUGAUUUAAAUGUCCGAAAAUGAAUUAUUUUGAGACUGGAUUCUAUGAGAGUAAAAUAAAAAAUUCAAACUAAGUGAAUGAGAUAUGUAUUAAAGUAUUAGAAGCCUAACUGAUUUGUUUCACAUGGACCUAUAAUGAGAAGAUUGACGUAAAUUACAUUUUGAGGAAAACAGAUAUCAUAGUACGUACCGUGGCUCUUCCAUAUAAUGCAGCCCUGAGACUCGAUAAUAUAAUAGAAGGUCAAAGACCUUAUGAGUGUCGGACAUAAUGUUCUCUCGGCACAUAUCUGGCACCUUAGCGAGAAAUUCCCAACCUAACUUUACACAUGUUUUUACCAAGAACAAGUUUCUUCUCAGCCAGUGCCGAAGCUACACAAGAUUAGCUGCUGCCCGAUCUUGGAGUAGUGGAAAAUUCAGUUGGCUAUGUAACCGACGACUAAAUUCCUGGUUCAGAGAGCAUGGUGUUCAAUUAGUGUGUUUAUGUAUAAAGCAAUUGGAGUUAAUCGCUGCACAACACAUUAGACGAAGUAUAGAGAUUUUUCAAUUAUACGAAAAGCUUUGGGAUGAAGUUGCUCUCAAAGAACUCAUCAAAUCUUGGAGACAAAGAACGUAUCAUAAAACGAAAAAAUACCUUUUCGGUACCGCAGGUGUCUCUGCAUAUAAUUGGGACUUUGAGCAAAUAACGGAUGAAAAACUGCAAAGUUUCGUCCAUGAAAUAGAUGAAAUCUAUAAGUUACUUGACUCUACACUUAUGUGUUCGCAAUGUCAUGAACGUCUGGUAGUGGAUGUUAUUCAGAUAGGCGUAAAUUACUGCAAUUGUCAGGGAAAUAAGCCUGUUACAGCUGCUUGUCGAGCAGAUAUAAUUAUAGGCGAAUCUUGGGAACCUUUUAUUGAACGCGAAGACAUGAUAAUAUGGCGCAGACUGGAAUCCGAUACCGGAUUAUAUGCAUAUAAGGUUUAUGGAUCCUUUUCUGAUGUUUCUGCUGCUGAUUUUCUUCAAGUCCAAUUAGAUGUUGAAUACAGAAAAGAAUGGGACAAUACAGCCAAAGAAUUAAAAGUUAUAGAAACAGAUCCAGUGACACAAUCAAUUGAAGGAUAUCAUAAUGACAUAAUUUAUUGGGAAAUGAUAUGGCCGAGAUUAUUUGCAAAUAGAGAUUAUGUCUACCAACGAAAAUCAGUACAUAAUAAAGAUAAUAAUAUCGUUGUAAUUGCAAGUAAAGCAACGGAUCAUCCAAAGGCUCCUAGUAGGACUGAUACACACAGAGUGAAUACUUAUUGGUCUUAUAUGGUAAUAAAAUCAUAUAAAGAUUUCUAUAAACCGGGAAUUGAAUUCGGAUUGACUUAUUUUGAUGAUCCUGGUGUGAGCAUCCCUUCAGCGGUUACUUUAUGGGUCGCUAUGAGUGGUCUGCCAGAUUAUUUAUGUCGAAUGCGCCAGGCAACAAGAGAAUACCAACAUUAUAAAUCGAACAGAGAUAAAGCUUUCACAACUGCCAUACUUGACCAAUCAAAUAAUUGUGGAACAUCGAAAGGAGAAAAAACAAAAAAACAGUCACAAACAAAUGAAACAGAUAAUUCGCAAAAGGAUUCAUCAAAAACAGAACGAGAACCUUUGAACUCCCCGAAGAAAAUUCAUAAAAUUUCAGAUAUAAAGGAAAAUGAUGAAUACGGAGAACUUGAUCCUAUGCAAGAAGAAGAUCAGGGUUUCCUGAAUUAUUUCUUUUUGACAAGAUUGUUUGCUUAAGAAAAACGAUAUUAUAUAAAGUGCAGGCUUAAUGCAGUACACGUGAUUCUCGUUUAUUUGAAUACUUAAAUUGUAGUCUAUAUGUUAUUAAACAUUUUAAUUACCAUAUAGAUUGAUAAAAUAAAUGUAAGGCUCAAA